AUGGAAGUCGCUCUCCGUUUGAAGGCAGCUGAGCUCAGGCGAAGAAAUCCAGAUGAGAAGCUACCAUGUUGCCAAGACGCGUCGAUCUGGGAAGAGGAGAGUGUUGUAGAUAGUUCCCUGGUCAGUAUGGAAGUAUUGACCAUUGUAUCCAGCGUGCUGUACUCCAGCCUAGUGUUGGUAGUCAGCCUAUAUUGCUGGUAUCGAUGGAGGUACAGAGAUAUACUGAGAGUCGCUUCCAAACUGCCCUGUACAUCACGAGCCUGGCCUCUGAUUGGAGAUUUACAUGCAGUACUGUGGGGGCUGGAGAAUUUAACAACCUAUAUUCUUGAAGAAUCAAGAAAAGCUGUGGCCCAAGGACUACACACUGGGUGUUUCUGGAUUGGACCUUUGCCUUAUCUGGUUGUCCAUGACAUUGACGACAUAAGGGCGGUGAUGGCUAGUUCAAAAACUAUUGACAAAGCACAGGAGUACGACUACAUGGUCAUGGGACUGGACACAGGAGCCGGCCCAAUUAGACAUGGCUUGCUUACGGCUCCUGGCCCAGUUUGGAAACCAUCCCGAAAAGUAAUAAAUACAAUGUUUAGGCCUCACAACUUGAACCUGAUGAUGCCAGUUUACAACAAACAUUCUCGCUAUCUCGUCAAUAGACUGUCCACUGAGGUGGGCAAAGGACCGACAAAAGUCAAUAUGACUGAAUAUCUUAAUGAUGCCGCAUACAUGACAAUAAACGAUUUCAUCUUUGGGUUCGAUAUCAACGAUGUUGAUCCUGAGGAAUUUAGAGAAUUUCUAAAUAUCGAAGAGAGAAUUACAUUACUCUUUAUGGACCGCAUUUUCAAGCCUUGGCUAAGGUGGAAACCUCUGUUUCAAGCUUUAAAAAAGAAAGAAAUAACUGACAUUAGCAAUGUAAUAAAGACAUUUUUAGGAAAUGCAUUGAUGAAGGCCGAGAAUCAUGCAGAACUGAAACUAAAAAAGCCAAUGGAAAAUGAGAAUAACUAUGAAUACUCCAAAGACGAAUUCAUGAGCUUCCCAGACGUGUAUAGACCCUUCCUGGAAAGAAACCCUGAGUUUACGGAAGCUGACAUGAGGGGAGAAAUUGUCACUUUGUUCGCAACGGGUACUGAUACGGUAGUCAACCAAGCAUCCUACUUUCUCAUGGCCAUGGGACAAUACCCUGAAUACCAGGACAAGCUGUAUGAAGAGAUCACCUCAGUUGUUGGUCCUGAUGAUGACGUCAGCACAGAUCAUAUCCGUCAGAUGAUCUACCUUGACCAAUGCUUCCAGGAGACUCUUCGUAGUUUCACCCUUGUCCCCUUAACCAUAAGGAAAACCUCCGAAGAAAUCAAACUGAGUGAUUGCACCGUUCCAGCCAAUCAAAACAUAGUUUUGUCACUCUACGGGGUACACAUGAACCCCAAGAUAUUCCCUAACCCUGAACGGUUCGACCCUGAACGAUACACACCAGAAAACGUCGCAUCAAGAGGCAAACAUGUCAACGUAGCCUUCAGCGGAGGACCAAGGGACUGCAUAGGAAAGCAGUACGCAUCGCUUCUCGUCAAGGUCUUGGUGGUGCAAAUUCUGAGAAAAUACAAAGUAACGCCUGUAGUGGAUGUACACAAAUUAAGGGUGAUGCUGACCAUUGUUAUAACCAGCAUGGAGGGAUACUUCGUGGAGAUGACGCCUCGCCAUUAA